GGUUACUCAGUCAACUUUUACAAAUUCAAUAUGGGAACAUAAAUCUUUAACUAAAAAAAUGUAUCAUUUUAAAAUUUCUCGAAAUUUGUACAAUAUGAUUUUUUUAAACUCUUUAUUAUAUUUUUGAAAUUAAAUAAACAUGUCUAAGACUUCUAUAAGAUCCAGAAAUUCCAUUCAGUCACUCAUUCGUCAGAAAAAAAAGAAAAAGGAAACAACUGGUAACAAGAAUUUUGAAUUUUGUUGUGCUACUGGCGACUACGAUCCAUUGGCUAGGUAUGAUCAACGGAAUCCACCCUUCAAGUCUUCUUUAACAGCAAUAACUUCGAUUCACGAAUGUCCUGUACUGAAAAUAAGAACACAUUUUGUUGAACAUAAUUGUCCAACUUCAACAAAGAAAGGAUAUAAAAUCCAACCAGGAUCCGCAACAGAUCUAGCGCAAUGGACUACUGAAAAAAAACACACUUCUGCUCCUGGUACUUUACUAAAAUACCUAGAAGAUGAAGUUGAUUUUUCCAUAUUCAAAAAUACGCAAGAAAAAAAACAGGCAUACGAAGAAGAAGGGAAGAAGAAUAUUAUAUUAGGAAAAAAGAAAGUUAAAGCGGAAGUAAUAAAACAUAAUAAAUCACCGUUGCCUCGUUGGUAUCAAGAUUAUUCGAAUGAGCAGAUGAAGCACUUAAUGAUACUUAAAGAAGCAUUGUGUGCUGAUUAUGAAGAAAAUUCUACAUACAGAACACAACAAAUUCUUCUAGCUAUUGGAAUAAUUUCUGCUGUUUUUAAACUUUCACCGAAUAUAAUUACAAACUUACAACAAAAAAGUAACCGAAGGCCUGUUGAUUUUUUACGUGAAACUUACAAGAUUAAAACUGGAGUAGAUUUUGAAGAUGAAGGCUACAAAAACAGGUAUAAUUGCAAUGAGAGAUUAAUAUUAUCUGGAAUUGCUUUUCUAACCCUGCCAGAAACGAUUAUCGAAUUAAAUGAAAGACUGCCGUCUAUUGAAACUCCAGAAUAUCCUCCCAAACCUCUACUGCCUCAUGAGUAUCCUGAGAAAAUGGACUGUCCUUACAAAGAAAAAUUAUUUCAACCUCCAGAUUUUCGACUGUAUCGAGUAGAACUGUAUAAAUGGCGCAAAAAAAUGGAACUGAUACCGAAACCAAAAGUAAUUUUGCCACCCCAAAAAAAGACUUCUGUAUGUUAUGAAAAUCCUGUAUUAAAUAAGGAAAAUGAAAAAAAAAUCGAUCGAGACUUUAAAGAAAUAAGUUUUCAUAAUAAUGAAGAAAAAUUGAUGCAAAAAAAUAAAAAUGAGAAAUAUUUCUUAAAAAAGAAUAGCAACAAAGAAGAAGCGAAACAAAAGGAUGAAAACCAUAAUGAAAAUUCAAAAUCUAACAAAGAACAGUUCGGCUUUUCAUUAUCUGGUUUGGGCGAUGGUGCUGGGCCUGUUCAAUAUAAAAUAUGUGGUACUUUAGACCCAUUAGAGCGAAACCUCAAAUAUUGGCUUGGCGAAAAAGAUCUUCACUACGUAAUAUCUGGCAUAAUGAAUGAAGACGAACCACCUCAAGGUCCUGUGACUUACGAAUUGACUGGUCUCGCCAAAGUCACACCAAACAACAGCAACGACGAUUUUUUUGCAAAACUAAAACUUGGUGAUGGUCCAAAGAAAAUUUACCCCCAUGGAAGGCAAUAUCUGUCGAAAAAUUGGCUAGAAUGGUUGCAAAAUGUAGAUGAAGAAUUCCUUAAAGCCGAAAAGAAAGCUAACAAACUAAUUGAGAGUGUCCAAGCUACUAUGAGACUUGUAGUUCCUGGUCCAACUUGUGACAGUUGCUGUGCCUGUAGACAAACUAAAAAAUCUAAUUUGAAGAAGCAUACUACUAAAACGCCACAUAUGAUUAUAGAUUCAAUUGCUGAAGACGACAAUAACAAAAGGUAUAUAGUCGGUUCUAUGUCGAUGCAGUCAGCACCACCGAGUUUAGCCGAAUCAACAGUGAAUCUACUAGAAGUAGUCGCUUCUCAUGAUAAGAUCUCCAAAAAUCUGCUCAUAAAUGGAAUUACAAAUGAUGAUGGCCAAACUAUUUACUACAUAUCCGGUGUAACAAAGGACAUUGAACACAUUCCAGAAGAAAAGAUUAAAGAAGUUAUUCCAAAGUCUAUUAAAAAUGUACCACCAUGUGCUUGUGCUAUAGACAAAAUAUUCAAUGAAGGUUUAGACCAAGAACCAAGUAAUGACAACAUUCCGGUAGCAAAAGAUGGUACAUGCUGUGGGAAAACAUAUAGACCUAAAGAUGGUCCUGCUUAUUCUUGUAAACAAUAUCCAAACGACAAGUCUUGUAAACGAAACCCAUUUUUUAAGAGCUUGCAGGAACACAAGAAAAAUGCGAAAAUGCAAAAAGUUCAUAAAGAUUUAUGUCCGCCCACAGAACAAAACAUGUGCAGUCUUCCAGAUUUUCAACCCCGUGUAGACUUAGAUGGAAUGGCUGAUUGUGAAGGACCUUGGGAAACUAAAGUUCCACAACCAGAACCUCCAAAGAAGGAUGAUGAAGACAAAGAAGAAAUUGAUGAAGAAGAGGAUGGAAUUUUUCAUGAAGAAUCAGUCUGGAAUAAAUGUGGCGAAGAGAUCGAUUGGGACGCAAGACGAACAGCACCUUCUGUUAAAGAAGUACAAAGUAUCUACGAAAAGGGUUUGAGCCUCACUCAACCUCAAACCCUAACUUCUCAAACUUUGCAAAAAUACAAAAAUUAUCCUGAAACAGAACCCAAACAAAAAAGGGAUAAACGGGAUGAACGAAAUAAGGAAAGUGAAAAAUCUACUAAACAAAUAAUUGCAAAAAAAGGUUAUGAAAAUAAGAAAUUAAUUGUGAUUAAAAAUAAGGAGGAUUCGAAACGGCCCAUAAAUUAUCGAGUUCUCCAACAAUCUCUUGUAGACAAUCGAGAGACAAACGGAGAUGGUAAAAGUAAAUUUAAUAGAUCCAUCGAGCAAAAUGUAGAUAAAAAUAUUAAAAGUAAGCGACUCGUCAAGAGUGCAAAGAAACCUCCCACUGCAAGAAGGAAUGUAAAAAUAGAUACUUCCAAGGAUAAUAGGAAGCGAGGCAUGCACAAAUUAACAAGUUUAACUAAUAGCUACAAGAAACUAUCAGCUUUAAAAAAACCUAAAUCACCGAAAGAAUCGCCUCAAAAUUAUAUGAAAAAGACUGAAAAUCUCGCGAAGCAUACCACCAGUUUCGUAAUUCAAUCAAAAUACGAGAAAUUACAACAAUUAAAAGAUGAUAUGCAACAAUUUAAAAAUCUUCCUGUGAUGAAAAUUCAAACUGUAGUUAUUCCAGAACAAAAGUCUGAAUCUUGCAAACGAGAUACGAAAUAUGAAGAUGGAUGUUUGGCAAUGCAAUAUUUGCCUGGACGCGAGGACAAAAUUUUAAACAAAGAAGGACCUUUCGGUUGGAGAACGGAAUCGGAACAAAAGCUAGAACCUCAAAAAACGUUAAUUUAUCUUACAGAGGCAACUUACCCCAUAGAAAAUGUUUCAGUUAGACCCGGAGGUAAAGCUUGUGAUUGUCGAGAAAACAGAAACAAGAAAAAAAUCUUGAAAUAUAGCAUCGGCGGUUCACUAAACAAGGUAGAGGAAAAAACAAAAAAAGUUCAGAAUGUAACACAAAUAAUAGAAGGGCUUACCUACAUAACUCCUCCCCCUAGUCCUCGAAGAAGCGAUGAAUAUAUUCCUGAAUACGAAUUGUACGAAUCACCUUAUCAUACGUGUCAGAGAAAAAACACAGAUGAUGCUCUGAAGCUCACGGAAAAAUUUCUGGGUACUCAAAGUCUCAUGUCGAAAAACCUUGGAAACAAAAUUUCAUGUAGUUGUGGUUCUGAAGAUAUAUCAAAUGAAAUUUAUUCAAGUGAGAAACAGAAAGAAAUAUUGGAAAAGGAAUUGUCAUCAGAAAAUGCUACCAAUGAAUGGCAUAGGGCUUUGACGGAUGCCGGUUUGAUGGACUUUCUUGCUGGAAACAAAAAUGAUAUUCCUUGCUGGGUCAAGUGUUCUCAGUUUUCGAAAUCUGGUUGUUCCGAUAAUAUUAGAAAAUUGCAAGUAAAAAAACCAGUUUGUGAAUGUAAAUACGAGAGGAAGAUUGUUCAAAGAAAUGAGGCGAAGCAGAAAUGGUUAGAGCGACAAGAAAGAUUAAAAUCUUACAAAAAGACCCCAUUCACGAAUAUUGGUGGAAUAUCGAGACCUAUGGAGGCAGAUAAAAGAUUUAUUAUAUCCGGUGUGAAGAGAAUUCCCAUUAAGGAAGGAGAUGACGAGGUGAAAUAUUGUGUGAGUGGAGUUGCAGAAAAUUAUAAGAUGGGACAUGUGCAGUAUCUUAUUGAUGGAGUGCACAUGCAAACUCCACUUGUAACACCAAAACCAAGUGAGAAACAAGUUUCUGGUAUUUGUGCGCAUAAGCACUGGUCUGUAACAGAAUUACCAAAAAGUAUGACUUCUUUUGAUAUGGAAGAAGUCGAAAAUUGGCAAGGGAUAAAAGAAAAUCAGUUGAAUGAUAAACCUAAAAGACUUAAUGAUGCUACAAAAUGUAAGAAAUUAGCAAACAUGAAAGAAGUGUCUAAUUUCAAAAGGAAUUUUCAAGUCGAAGACGAGAUAACAAAUAAUAAGAAAAAUAAAUUUUUAAAGACUAAGCGCAGAAAAAUGGAUGAUGUAAAUUAUAAAAAUGUAACGCAGGAGUCUUCGAAUCCCCGUUAUAGAAAUCUAAACAAGUCGGAAGCACAAAGCCUUUUGCAAAACCAGGACCCAGAGCCGGAACAAUUAGUUUCUAAAGUUGAAGUUAAGCAGAAAAAAGUUAAAAAAUAUGUUGAUGAUAAAUUGGCUUUGAGUGAAAUAGUAGAAAAUAAACUUAGAGAAAUGGCCACUGAAGGGUUUAUAUUUGCGAAAUUGCCAAGGUGUUACAAAAUGCCUCAAAUAAAAUAUUGGAUAAUGUACAGGAAAGGUGCAUUAUUGACAGACGAAAAUAAAGAAAAAAUAAUGAAACACAGUCUGAAAUCAUGGAGAAACUUAGAGGCAAUUAAAUAUCGAAAUAUCAAACCACCACCAAUGGAUCUAACAGGACUUCAAAUGCAAAACUUAAAUUUUAACAAAGCAGUCGAAUUAAAAAAUCAGAUUGCUGCAAAAAAAGAUCUUUUUUUUAGUCAUGUACGUCAGGAUCGAGUAAAAAAAUCAGCAGCAUUGUGGAAUACAAUGGAAUUUGGAAGAUUUCCCAGUUUAUCAUUCAAAGAAACUUAUUUCACUUAUUUACCUGCAAAAGAGGCGGAUGGACAUCUUUUGGAAACUUAUUAGAUAUUUAAUAUUCUGUUAAUUUCUUAAAUCUGUCAAAAAAUAUGAAUUUUUGUUGUUUGUCACAUAUUUAAAAAAAUCAUGCACAAUAAGUUUUAAGCACAAUAAAUGUAUAAUGUUUUAAAAAUCGAAUUAAACACCUGUUUAAAAUUUGUUUGCUGCUUAACGAAAAAAUGCAGGUGGAUUCACACGUAUAAUUAGAAGUGUCAUUUUUUGAAAAUCGUUAUUAAAAGACACGUGUAAAAUAUACCGCAAUUUGAAGGUGUAAAUCUAUGUGCAACAGUGUUACUAAAAAGUGACGUUAUUUGUAACUUUUAGGGUAACUUA